AUGAAAUCGAAUUUUUGUUUAAUUUUUUGUCUCGUUGGAUAUAUUUCACACAAAUCCGGAUCAGCAGUUUUGGAGCCAGCACAGAGGCAUCACACGGUUAAACGAGAAACCACCGUGGAACAAGAUGAUUACAUCAUAAUGGACAUGAAAUACGAUUUUAUAGUGGUCGGUGCAGGAAGUGCAGGAACUGUUGUGGCGAAUAGACUAUCCGAAAUAUAUGAUUGGAAAGUGUUGUUAAUUGAAGCCGGUCAAGAUGAAGAACAAUUUAUGGAUAUUCCAGCAGCAGCUGGAAAACUACAGGCGAGGUCAAUAAAUUGGAAGUACACAACGGUCCCGAUGAAUAAUUCUUGCCUAUGUUUCGAAGACCAUCGGUGUAAAUUUCCAAGAGGAAAAGUAAUGGGAGGUAGUAGUGUAUUGAAUUACAUGAUAUAUACGCGUGGUAAUAGAUUGGAUUACGACAAUUGGGCAGGAAUGGGCAACACAGGAUGGAGCUAUGAUGACGUUCUGAAGUAUUUCAUGAGAUCGGAAAAUUCAAACGUGUCUGACGCGGACCAAGGCUACCAUGGACAGGAUGGGUUGCUGUCGGUGACCGACGUACCAUAUAGGACUCCCGUAGCGAAAGCUUUUGUGGACGCUGGAUCACAGAUCGGAUUGCCCAUCAUAGACGUCAAUGGUGAAAAACAAAUUGGGAUCAAUUAUUUACAGGUUACUAUGAAAGAUGGUCGUCGUUGUAGUACAAAUACAGCUUUUUUGCUUCCAACAAAAACGAGAUUGAACUUACACGUGAAAAAGUUUAGCACCGUGACAAGAAUAGUAAUAGAAAAAGGUACAAAAAAAGCAAUAGGAGUAGAAUUUGUAUCAAAUCGCAAAAAAUAUAGAGUAUUUGUACGCAAAGAAGUAAUUAUUUCGGGUGGAGCCAUAAACUCGCCACAGUUACUCAUGUUAUCGGGAAUUGGACCUAAAGAACACUUGAAAGAUGUGAAAAUUCCAUUGAUACAAAACCUGCCGGUUGGUGAAAAUCUGAUGGAUCACGUGGCGCUGGGUAGUUUGAGCGUUUUGAUUAACGAUACUAUUUCAUUAAAACAACAGAGAUUAUUGAGAGAUCCACUUAAUUUAUACAAUUUUCUCAUACAUCAUAACGGCCCAUUAACAAUACCGGGUGGUGCAGAAGCAUUGGCAUUUUUCGAUUUAGACCAACCGGGGUUUACUGCGGAUGGCCAUCCAAAUUUGGAAUUACUAUUAGUAUCUGGUCUGUACUCGGGCGACGAAUCAACGCACAAGUUGUUCGGCUUAAAAACAGAUAUUUACAACAAAAUUUAUAAGCCCACUGAAAAACUGGACGGCUUUACGGUGUUUCCGAUGAUUAUGCGACCGAAAAGUAAGGGUCGUGUAUGGUUGGAAGACGCUAACCCCUUCCAUCACCCGCUGAUCGAUCCCGAUUACUUUUCCGACGAGACGGACUUGGACGUGGCCGUGGCCGGAGUACGGAUUUUCCAACAAAUGUUGAAAACCGACGCGAUGAAGAAGCUCGACGCCACGUUAUUCGACACCCCGUUGCCCGAUUGCGUUCGACACAAAUUCGACACGGACGCGUACUGGAAAUGCUCCGCGAGACAAAUCAGUUUUACCAUCUAUCACUUGUCGGGCACGUGCAAAAUGGGACCGGCGGGUGACCCCACGGCCGUGGUCGACCCCAGGUUGCGGGUGCACGGCAUAAGCGGGUUGAGGGUCAUCGACGCGUCGGUCAUGCCGGAAAUACCGGCAGCACACAUCAACGCUCCGACGAUUAUGAUCGGCGAGAAGGGCGCGGACAUGAUUAAAGAAGACUGGGGUAUUGGCAUAUAGUGUUGAUAAUAAUUACUAUCUAUAAUAUAUAUUAAUUUAUAAAAAAAUUAUUUGAACAUCAAUCGUUUUACGAAGAAAUGUCAAUUUUAUUGAUAUUUGUUUAUUACUCGAUGACAUCGUGCAAAGUUACGGAAUCGUGUAGAUUUUAAUGAUCGUUUAUAAUAUUAUUUAUAUUACAUGUAUGAACGCAAUAUAGUCGAUUAUGCAAAUUUAAUGUUUAUAAUU